GAGGAAAGAGAGGAAAGUCUCUUGACAUUUUUGCUUGGAUGUUGCCGCCUGUAUAAAGCCGCUGAUCAGAUCAAAACCAUACUCUCUCUACUCAAGAGGAGGACAAUUAGGAAGAGGGAAAGAGAGAGAAGGAGGCGUAGAGGGGGAGGUAGUUGGAGCAGAUACAUAUAUAUAAUCAGCUCAAGCUACAACAGACACUUCUCCCUUCUUUUCUUUUCUUUCCCAAUCUCUUUUUCUCCUCACCGUCUUUCUUUUCCUCCAUUUCAUUCACCAUGUUAUCCUUAAAUGGCACUAGUUUUCUGGAUAAUUCGCUUUAUGGGGUGUCCAGAGGCGUGGUGCAGCAACACAGAAGAGUUGCACCUCCUAUGGUGGUGGUGGCGUCGGUCCGCUCAAAUGGGAGAGCAGGGGAUCGAAACGUGAGCGUUUUGGUGGAGACUAGUCUGAAGGAGAUUAGAGAUGCUUCACCAGCACCACCGGCUGACAAGGACUCCAAAUCAAAGGUUACUGGCGGAAUUGGUGACGUGUACGGUGAGGAUACUGCCACCGAGGAUCAGUCCAUUACGCCUUGGACUGUCUCUGUUGCUAGUGGAUAUCCAUUGUUGCGUGAUCCACACUAUAAUAAGGGGCUUGCAUUUACUGAGAAGGAGAAGGAUGCACAUUACUUGCGUGGUCUUCUUCCACCUGUGGUUGUCAGCCAAGAACUUCAGGUGAAAAAAAUGAUGGCAAAUAUUCGUCAGUAUCAAGUACCCCUGCAGCGAUAUAUGGCCAUGAUGGAUCUUCAGGAAAGGAAUGAAAGGUUGUUCUACAAGCUUCUCAUUGACCAUGUUGAGGAGCUGCUUCCAGUUGUUUACACUCCAACUGUGGGCGAGGCUUGCCAGAAAUAUGGGACCAUCUUCAGACAGCCACAGGGUCUCUUUAUCAGUUUGAAGGAAAAAGGAAAAAUUCUUGAGGUGCUGAAAAAUUGGCCCCAGCAGAAGAUUCAAGUUAUUGUUGUCACAGAUGGUGAACGCAUUUUGGGGCUUGGAGACCUGGGUUGCCAGGGAAUGGGCAUACCUGUAGGGAAGCUCUCUCUGUACACAGCUCUUGGUGGUAUUCGUCCUUCAGCUUGUUUACCUGUAACAAUUGAUGUGGGUACAAACAAUGAGAAGUUACUGAAUGAUGAAUUUUACAUUGGGCUCAGGCAAAGACGAGCAACAGGGAAGGAAUAUGCGGAGCUGAUAGAUGAAUUUAUGUCUGCUGUCAAGCAGACCUAUGGGGAGAAAGUCCUCAUUCAGUUUGAAGAUUUUGCAAAUCACAAUGCUUUCGAUCUUCUUGCAAAAUAUGGCCCUACACACCUUGUUUUCAAUGAUGAUAUUCAGGGGACAGCAUCUGUGGUCCUUGCUGGGCUUAUUGCAGCACUGAAGUUAGUUGGAGGGACCUUAGCUGAGCAUACUUUCCUAUUUCUUGGAGCAGGGGAGGCUGGCACUGGUAUUGCUGAGCUCAUUGCUCUUGAGAUGUCAAAGCAGACUGGAGCUCCAGUAGACGAAACUCGUAAGAAAAUUUGGAUGGUGGACUCAAAGGGUUUAAUUACGCGGUCUCGCAUGGAAGGACUUCAGCAUUUUAAGAGACCCUGGGCUCAUGAGCAUGAACCUGUUACAAACCUGGUGGAUGCUGUCAAGGCAAUCAAGCCAACCGUGUUGAUUGGAUCAUCAGGAGCUGGAAGAACAUUUACCAAAGAAGUUGUUGAAGCUAUGGCAACCUUCAACGAGAAACCCGUUGUACUUGCCCUCUCCAACCCAACUUCACAGUCAGAGUGUACUGCUGAAGAAGCCUACAUGUGGAGUGAGGGUCGUGCUAUUUUUGCUAGUGGUAGUCCAUUUGAUCCAGUUGAAUAUGAUGGGAAGGUCUAUGCAUCUGGCCAGGCAAAUAAUGCGUACAUCUUCCCUGGUCUUGGUCUGGGUCUGAUAAUUUCUGGUGCCAUCCGUGUCCAUGAUGAUAUGCUCCUGGCAGCCUCUGAAGCUCUGGCUGCACAGGUCACUGAAGAAAAUCUUGAGAGCGGUCUCAUUUAUCCCCCAUUCUCUAAUAUUAGAAAAAUUUCUGCCAAAAUUGCUGCUGAUGUAGCUGCAAAAGCAUAUGAGCUAGGUUUGGCUACUCGUCUGCCUCAACCAGAAAAUUUAGUUGCAUAUGCUGAGAGCUGUAUGUAUAGUCCCGCUUAUAGAUGCUAUCGCUGAACCAGUGAAAUGUUCUAUAAUCCAUGAUUUGAGUAGAUCACUAAAUUUUUGUUGUCAUUCUUCACCUAACGUUUUACCACUUUUUAUGUUUUUGUUUUCCUAUUUCAAUUGUUUAUUGUUUACUUCUUCCUGCCAGUCACAGCAGGCAGGUAGAUGCAAGUAGGGUGAUUAGAAGGGAAGCGUUCUGUAAUGUUGUAUCACGGUAUAAAUGUAGUUUGCUAAAUGUUGUGCGUUACAAGAAAUGAAAUCAAAAGUUCUGCUUAAAACCAUGCCCAAGACCAGAUUGUUGAA